AUGGCGGCCAACGACGCGCCCAAGCUCCUCUGGAACCCAGAAAACGUCAAGGACGUCGCCGAGUCCGUCGGCAUCUCCAACCUCAACGACGACGCGCAGCGCUGCCUCACCCAGGAUGUCGAGUACCGCAUCGGCCAGGUCAUCGUCGAGGCCCUGCGCUUCAUGCGCGCAGCUCGCCGCACGACGCUGACCGUUAACGACAUCAGCACCGCUCUCAAAGUCCUCAACGUCGAACCUCUGUACGGCUAUGACUCGACGCGCCCGCUGCGCUACGGCGAGGCCAGCUUGGGUCCCGGCCAGCCGCUGUUCUACAUCGAGGACGAGGAGGUCGAUUUCGAGAAGCUCAUCAACGCGCCCCUUCCCAAGGUCCCGCGCGACAUGAGCUUCACAGCACACUGGCUCGCAAUCGAAGGCGUCCAACCCUCGAUCCCCCAAAACCCGACCACCGCCGAGUCUCGAAGUCAAGAACUCGUACCCAAGGGUCCAGGCGCUAACCCUGCCCUGGCCGCUCUUGCCGGAAACGAUUCCCUCUCCUUCCGCCCUGCCGUCAAGCAUGUCGUCUCCAAGGAACUCAUCCUCUACUUCGAAAAGGUCCAAAACGCCCUCCUCGACGAUAACCCCGACGAAGAAGUCGUGCGCCUCCGCCAGGCCGCCCUCGAGUCCGUCCGCGACGACCCCGGCCUGCAUCAGCUGAUCCCCUACUUCAUCAACUUCGUCGCCAACCAAGUCACGCACCGCCUCGACGACGUCUUCACCCUCCGCCAGUCGAUGGAGCUGACCCUAGCCCUGAUAUCGAACAAGAAGCUUUACCUCGACCCGUACGCCAACUCCAUCGCAGCACCAGUGUUGACCUGCAUCCUCAGCCGCAAGAUUGGCAACGAGGACGGCGCCAACUUUAUUCGCGAGCAGUACGAGCUCCGCGAGUUCUCCGCUUCCCUGCUCGGCCAGAUCGCGCGCAAGUACGCCGCUUCGAACAACCUGCUUCGUCCCAAGCUGGUGCGCACAUGUCUCAAGUUCUUCAUGGACCCGGAUAAGCCGCCCGCCACGCACUUCGGUGCCAUCUCGGGUGUCGCGUCUGCCGGCGGGCCUGAGGCUGUCAGGGUGCUAGUGCUCAAGUGUCUCCGGGCGUACAGCGACAACAUCUUGCAGCCGUUGAAAGAUAAGGAAGGCAUCGAGUUCGAGAUGUUGGUGGGUGGCAUUCUUAAGGCUAUUGCUACCAUGGUCGAGGACGAGAGGACCGCUGUCAACGGUGUCAAUGGCAGCGUCGACAAUCACGCCGCAGAGCUCAAUGAGUUCAUCGGCCCCAUUCUGGGCGAGCGGCUGAUUAACCUGGGAAACAGGAGACUGGUGCGACAGGUGCUGGAUGCUCGCAACAUUGAAUAG